GGGACACACUGAGACAGAAGAUUUGAUGUCCCAUGAUGACUGUGAAGUGGAUGUCUGUCCUGCUGCUCCUACAGAUGAGUUGUUACUUCAGAUCUGGGAGCUGUGGGAAGGUGUUGGUAUGGCCAUUGGAAUACAGUCACUGGCUGAAUCUAAAGACAAUACUGGAUGAACUUGUACAGAGGGGUCAUGAAGUGACAGUUCUGAGAUCUUCAGCGUCCAUCUUUCUUGAUCCCCAAAAAUCACCUGGUCUGAAGUUUGAGAGUUUUCCUACAUCUGUCAGUAAAGAUGAUCUGGUCAAGGUUUUCACAAAGUUUGUGGAUGUAUGGACUAAUGAGGUACCAAGAGAUUUGUGUUUAUCCUUCUCUCCUUCACUACAAAACAUGGUUAAUGAAUUAUCUGAUACCUAUCUAAGGCUUUGCAAAGAAACAGUUUCAAACAAACAACUUAUAACAAAACUGCAGAGAUCCAAGUUUGAUGUCCUUUUCUCAGAUGCCAUUGCUCCCUGUGGGGAGUUGAUAGCUGAACUUCUCCAUAUCCCUUUUCUGUACAGUCUUCGCUUCUCUCCUGGCUACACAAUGGAAAAGUACAGUGGGAAAUUUCUAGUUCCUCCCUCUUAUGUACCUGUAAUUUUGUCAGGACUAGGUGGUCAAAUGACUUUCAUGGAGAGGGUAAAAAAUAUGAUGUGUAUGCUGUAUUUUGACUUUUGCAAGGCCACACCUCCUGAUAUUGCCACUCUUUUGGGGGGGUAUUUUUAUCGAACCACAGCAGAAAUGCACAAGGGACAGUUUAAUCUUUAUCUCGAUGACAAUAGCAAGCAACAGGUUCUUUGGAGAUUUGAGGGCAAAACACCAGAUACCUUAGGACCCAAUACCAGAGUUUACAAAUGGCUCCCCCAGAAUGACCUUCUAGGUCAUCCAAAAACCAAAGCCUUUGUAACUCAUGGUGGCGCCAAUGGAAUCUAUGAGGCGAUCCAUUUUGGAAUCCCUAUGAUUGGCAUUCCUUUGUUUGGAGAGCAGCAUGAUAACAUUGCCUACAUAGUAGCCAAAGGAGCAGCUAUUUCAUUAGAUUUCAGAACAAUGACAAGGUCAGAUUUGCUCAGUGCACUGGAGGCCGUCAUAGAUAAUCCUUCUUAUAAAAAGAAUGCUAUGUGGUUGUCAACUAUUCAUCAUGACCAGCCCAUGAAACCCCUGGACAGAGUCAUCUUCUGGAUUGAGUUUGUCAUGCGCCACAAAGGGGCCAAGCACCUGAGACCACUCGCACACAACCUCACCUGGUACCAGUACAACUCUCUGGAUGUGAUUGGAUUCCUGCUGGCCUGUGUGGCAGUCAUAGCUUUUCUUUCCAUAAAAUUCUUCUUAUACAUUUAUCGAAAGUUUGUAAAGACAGGAAAGAAAAUGAAGAGUGAGUAGAGCUCAUUGAGAAGGCACAUGAACUACAUUUCAGCAUCAUUCCAGUUUAUGAACGGCCUUCUGAACAUUCACUGAUUACUCUGUCAAGGCAUAUCUUCAUUAGAGAGGAAGGGAAGCAAGAAAUAAUGCAAUUAUAUUAUAAUCUCACAAAAUAAAAGACAUAAUGAAAAGAAAAUGCUGAGCAAAUGAUAAGGAAUAACCAAGUGCUUACCAAGUUCCUCCAUGGUAUCAGCUUCUGUCCUGCCUCCUGAAUCCUUCCUUGAACCCCUGGCCUACUUUUCCUCAGCAAUGGAAAGCGAGCUAUGAGAUGAAAUAAACCCUCUUUUUCAUCAAACAAUUAAAAACGAAAAUUAAAAUUUAAAAUCUAA